GAUGUUCUGCUGCUGGGUGCUGUUGGGGCCUAUGACUGGAGUGGAACAGUAGUUCAGGAGUCUUCAGACAGGGUGACCACCUUUCCAAGCCAUGUGUUUGAGAAAAUUCUACAGGACAGAAAUCAUAGUUCCUAUCUAGGUUAUUCUGUUGCUGUUCUCUCAACUCAGAGCUCCAUCUAUUUUGUUGCUGGUGCACCAAGAUCCAACUACACUGGCAGAGUAGUGGUUUAUGAUGUUGACAGUGAUGGUGAUAUCGCAAUUGUGCAGUCCCAGAGAGGCGAGCAGAUUGGCUCCUACUUUGGCAGUGUGGUGUGUUCAGUGGACGUUAACAGGGAUUCUGUGACAGAUGUGCUCCUUGUGGGUGCACCAAUGUUUAUGAAUGACCUGAAGAAAGAAGAAGGCAGGGUAUACAUGUUUUCCAUCACAAAGGGAAUUUUGGACCAACAAGAACUCUUGGAAGGUCCGCAGGGGUCAGAAAACGCUCGCUUUGGAUCAGCAAUCACAACACUUGCAGACAUUGAUUUGGAUGGCUUUAAUGAUGUUGUAAUAGGUUCACCACUGGAAAACCAAAACUCAGGAGCAAUUUACAUUUACAAUGGAUUUCAAAAAACUAUACGUACCAAAUAUUCUCAGAAAAUUUUAGGAUCAGAUUCUGCUUUUGGACGACGGCUCCAAUUCUUUGGAAGAUCAGUAGAUGGCCAUAGAGACUUAGAUGAUGAUGGCGUUACUGACGUAUCAGUUGGUGCUGAUGGAAAUGUUGUUCUGCUAUGGUCACGAGGCAUUGCAAAUGUGUCCAUAAUUGCGUCAUUUAAACCUGAGAAAAUCAGUCUACUGAACAAGAACACAGAAAUAACUGUCAAAAUAUGUUUUCAGGCUACAUUUAGACCUACUAAGAGAAAUAAUCAAGUGGCUAUAACAUACAAUGCAACAUUGGAUGCAGAUCUCCAGUCCUCUAGAGUGACUUCUAGAGGAUUGUUCAAAGAAAACAAUGAAAGGUACAUGCAGAGGGAUCUUGUGGUACGUCAUGAGGAGAAUUGUGUUCAUGACAUCUUCAGUGUACAGGAACCUUCUGAUGCAGUGAAUUCCCUUAGUUUGCGCAUUGACAUUGGCCUUGCAAAUGUCAAUGCACAAACUGGCACCGGCCCCGUCCUUGAUAUAUGUUCUCCUGCAUCUGUGGCCUAUAGCAUUCCUUUUAUUAAAGACUGUGGUGAAGAUGAACUUUGUUUCUGUGAUCUUGUUCUGAAUGUUCAGCAGAAGGCAGAUGAUGGCAAACAGCAGUUUGUUGUCAGCAGCAAAAACAGAAGACUAACAUUCAAUGUGAAAUUGAGAAAUAAAAAGGAAAAUGCAUAUAACACAAGAAUCCAGGCCACAUUUUCAGACAACUUGUUUUUCGCUUCAUUGACUUUACUGAGCGAUGGGACUGAAGUUUCGUGUCAGACAGGAACAGCACAAAGCACAGUCACUUGCCAAAUAAGCUAUCCUGUUUUCAGAAGAGCACAACAG